GGCCAACAUGCAGUAAUAAUGAUAUGCGUGCACUACGCUGUACUUCCUGAAAAUAAUGACACAAAACGAAACUGAUGGAAUGGCAAACAAAAUUGUAUCUUCAGUAGCCAGGUUACGGUCUUGGAGCGAGAGACGCUUCGCUUUCGAAUACAAAGGCUAAACGACGCACAGACAAGAUUGAUUGAUUUCCUUUGUUUUGUCGUUGGUGGCGCAGUAUUCAACCACUAAAUACAUCGUUGGCGGCACUAUUAUUUUUGAGCUUGGUUGAUGCAAUAUGGAGGGACGAUCGCGAAAUGUUUAUAAUUGAAAAGAUUAUGUACAGGUAAGGCCAGAUAUUGCGAUCAUAGGAAGAAAUACAUCACUGAUAGUUUAUGCUGCGGUAAUUGGUCAAUGAACAGUCAGCUGUGAUGAAUCCGAGUCUUAAUGUGGACGCUGGGACAAGCGAUAAGAAAUCGAUGCCAUGUAUGUCAAGCCUUCCUCCAGAGGUGGAGCAAGGCAAUAUUGAGUAUAAGCUGAAGCUAGUGAAUCCUUCACCAUCACGAUUUGAGCAUUUGGUAACACAGAUGAAAUGGCGGUUACGUGAAGGUCAGGGCGAAGCAAUAUACGAAAUAGGAGUGGAGGACAAUGGCAUGUUAGCAGGUCUGAUGAGUGAAGACCUGGAUGCCUCGUUGCAAACCCUAAGUAAAAUGGCUGAAAAACUUGGUGCUUCUACGACUACACUACGUGAAAGAACCAUUGAAGGUGAAGGUGCCAGUCCUAGCAGGAGAGCAUGUGAGAUACUGGUGAGAAAAGUACCAGACAACCAACAGUUCAUUGACCUCCGUCUAGCAGUGUUGGGUAAUGCAGAUGCUGGUAAAAGUACAUUACUGGGUGUGUUAACACAGGGAGAGUUUGAUAAUGGAAGAGGACGGGCUAGACUUAAUUUAUUCCGCCAUCUGCAUGAAAUACAGUCAGGAAGAACGUCCAGUAUUAGUCAUGAGAUCUUAGGAUUUAACAGCAAAGGCCAGGUUAUCAAUUACAGUGAUUCUCGGUGUGCAGAAGAGAUAUGCGAACAAGCUUCUAAGCUUAUUACGUUUAUUGAUUUAGCAGGUCAUCAUAAAUACCUCAAAACCACAAUAUUUGGACUAACUGGUCAUUCUCCAGACUUUGCUAUGCUAGUUGUUAGUGCCAAUACUGGCAUAGUUGGCACAACCAAGGAACAUCUUGGUUUAGCAAUGGCAUUACAAGUACCUGUGUUUGUAGUGAUAAGUAAAAUAGAUCUAUGUCCUCCCGUGGUUAUACAGCGUACCAUUGCAAACCUGGAAAAAAUACUAAAAGGACCAGGAUGUAAUAAAGUUACUAUACGUGUACAUAAUAUAGAUGAUGCGAUGACUGCAGCUGCACAUUUUAACAGUGAUAGAAUUUGUCCCAUAUUUACAGUAUCCAGCGUAUCAGGCUUUCAUUUAGACUUACUGAAGAGAUUCCUUAAUGUUUUACCACCAUUACACAACAGUAAAGAGCAAGAGAAAUUAACUCAGGAAUCAGCAGAAUUUCAGAUUGAUGAAAUAUUUUCUGUGCCAAAUGUAGGAAAUGUUGUUGGAGGCACGUUAGUACGAGGUACUAUUAAAGAAGAUGACAAGUUAUUGGUUGGUCCUACAGAGACUGGUGAAUUUAUAUUGGUACAAGUGCAGUCCAUACACCGCAACAGGUCAGCAUGUCGCUUUGUUAGAUCGGCACAAGCUGCAACUUUGGCCCUCACAGCUGAUUAUGAUAAAAGCAUCUUAAGAAAGGGUAUGGUGUUGAUUGACCCUAAAGUUACUCCACAAUCAACUAUGUGUUUUGAAGCUGAUGUAUAUGUGCUGUUUCAUUGUACGUCUAUCAGUGCUGGAUUUCAAACAACUGUUCAUAUUGCCAAUGUGUGCCAGACAGCUAUCAUGGAACAAAUAGAUAGACCAUCGAUUCAAACUAAUCAGAAGGCAAGAGUCAUGUUCAGGUUUAUAAAAUAUCCUGAAUAUCUCCGUGAAGGUUCACGUCUGUUGUUUCGAGAAGGACGAACAAAAGGAAUUGGACAAGUGACAAAAGUGCUACCCCAUUGCACUCCCGAUAGGUAGUCAUUGGAACUUCAGAAUACUCCCAAGACCCAUGGAGUCAGGAACAGCCACUGGUGGCACUGUAUACAAUCAAAACCUAUUGAGGCUUGCCUUCGCUCAUGUAGCUUUGAGUAUGAUAGAAAGCAUUGACAGUCUUUGAAUAACCACAAUAGACUGGGGGUCAAGACCGAAUAUACGUGAUUCAAGCAUUUCAUACUAAACGCUUUCUAUUAAUAAUUUCACUUUCAAAUAAUAUUCAUGAGAAAUGUCUACGCCAUAACCGUGUUAUAGGUUAUUAGCACAUUGUGUACGCAGUGCGCAUGCUUCAAGCUCUUUUUCCUUAUUUCACAGUGCAUCAUCACAGUGAGUUUACGUUCCAUGCAACGGUAAAGUAAUGUUCAGGACUGUCAAUGAGGUUUCACCACAUUGAUGGUGCUGAACAUUAUGUUCGUAUUCGAAUCCCGCACAUAAGCGAGGCUACCAGACAUAUACAACAGUUAACAAGCCACACCAAUUCAAUGACUGCUAAGGAUUUGUACACACUCCCACCAUGUCAUGCGCUGUAAUAUGCAAUUACAAUUCUGGUUUCUCCAUAACUCUGGGUUGGGCUGCUCCUGUGUAUUUGUUUUCAGAAUACCGGUACUUCCUUAAUAGAGGCACUGUUUUACUAGUACAUACAUGACGUCUUAGUACUCCCUAUUGUUGUGCUUCCUUUGGUAUAAAUAAGAUUCUAAGCACUUCUUAAUAGGUGCUUGUGUGACAUCAUUUACAGUUUGUUUUUUUACUUCUAUUUAGUACACAUGUACAUUUUGUGGUUCUGCUUUUGCUUGUAUUCUUCAUUGGGUUGUUUUGAAAAUUAAUAUUACUCACAAAUCCAGGAUACAGUCACCUUGCUGCAUCACAUUUUUAAAAAGUAAAUUAUUGUAUACAGAGAUAAUGAAUAUAGCAAGACGUCAAGUUUUAAAUUUUACUCUCCAUCAGUGUGGAGUAUGUUGUGAUACCAUAUGUAAGAUAUCAACAUUUUUUUAAAAUCAUGUUUUACCUCAGUGCUGUGCAUCACAGUAUCCUACUUCUUUCAGGCAAACUUUCACCAAAUAUGAGCAGAAACUCUUACAUAUGCAUAUAUCACAAAUGAUGGCUAGAAAGGCAUGUACUAAAAAUCAUAUUACAUUAUAUAACAUCUAUAGAGUACAUGAAAACUAAAACUGGUCAAAAAAGAAAUCCCAAA